AUGGCCAUUCCCCUCUAUGGCGACGAGAAUCCUCAGCACGACGAAGCUGCACAAUUGGCUUUGAUCGGCUUGGGCGUCAUGUGCUUAACUACACUCAUGAUCCAAGCUGUCAUAAACCUAUGGCCCGAAUCCCAGCCUCAAUCUGCUCCCGCACCAGCUCUAGACUCCACAUCAUCAUCAUCAUCAUCCACCUCACCAGCUACGCCAGCACCGUCGACCCCUCCCAAGGCCAAUCAACCAGAUACUACUCUCUUUCUAGCUAUGUUAGGCUAUUUUGCAUUAUGCGGCUCGGUAGGCGGAAUGACCGUCUGGAUUUUACAGCUAGGGAUUGUGGAUGGGAAAAGGAGGAAUUCGAUACUGAUGUAUGCGAUUGGAGGGAUUAAUGUCUUGCUUGCGUAUUUGGUUUUGACGAAGGAGAAGAGGGGAACUGUUUACAUGCUAGGAGCAUUGUGGGCACCGUUGAUUGGGAUUGUGGGUGGGAGUUUGAUUGUUUGA